GAAAUUGGCUACAAUGGCGUUCGACUUCCUAAACAUCUUCUUCCUCCUACUACUAUUUUUCUUCUCCUUUCUCACAGUCUCUGUCUUCAAUGGCAGAAACCGAUCAUCAAACAACGUUUGCCAUUUGCCUCCAAGUCCUCCGGCUUUACCGGUCAUCGGUCAUCUCCACCAUCUCCUGUCCGUCCCAUGGUUCAAGUCCCUGCAAAAGCUCGGCUCCAAAUACGGACCUCUCCUCUAUCUCCGCGUCUUCAACUCCCCCUUCAUCGUCGUUUCCUCGGCCUCUUUCGCGUACGAAAUCCACAGAGCUCAAGACUCGAACUUCGUCUCACGUGACGCUCCCGCCAUCGAGAAGUCUCUACUGUUCGGAGCAUACGGAUUCGUGACCGCGCCCUAUGGGAGUUACUGGAAGUUUAUGAAGAAGCUGACCGUUACGGAGCUGCUCGGACCGCAAGCCCUCGAGAAAUCGCGCUGCAUCAGAGGGGAAGAGCUCGAGAGAUUUCGGGUUCGGCUGUCGAAUAAGGCGAGGAAGAAUGAGAUUGUGGAUGUGGGCAUGGAAAUGAUGAAGCUCACGAACAAUAGCAUAUGCAGGAUGAUAAUGGGGACGAGGUGUUCGGAGGAAAACGGAGAAGCCGAGCAGGUACGAGAGUUGGUCACCAAGUCAUUUGCCUUGACGAAGAAGUUACUGGUUGCCGCUACAGUCGGCAGAUCGGUGAAGAAACUAGGGUUUACGCUGUUCGAAAAGGAGAUCAUUGAUGUCUCUAGGAGAUACGACGAACUGUUCGAGAAGAUUAUCACCGAACACGAACAGAACCCUAACCGAGGAAACAAGGACAUGAUGGAUAUCAUGCUGGAAGCUUGUCGAGAGGACAACGCCGAGUUUCAGAUCACAAGGAACCAUAUCAAAUCAUGUUUCGUGGAUUUUUUCCUCGGAGGGACCGACACUUCAGCUCAAACAACGCCGUGGAUAAUGGCGGAGAUCAUUAACAACCCUCGGGUUCUCCAAACAUUGAGAAAAGAAAUCGAAUCUGCGUUAGGAAAACCGAGGGUAAUUCAAGAAAUCGAUCUACCGAAGCUUCCCUAUUUGCAAGCCGUCGUAAAGGAAGGGCUAAGGCUGCAUCCACCGGCCCCUAUCUUGUCGAGAAAAACACUGAAAGACUGUAAGGUCGGAGGGUUCGACAUACGAGAAAACACGACGAUAAUCAUUAACGCGUAUGCAAUAAUGAGAGAUCCGGAUUCAUGGGAGAAUCCAGAAGAGUUUAGGCCGGAGAGAUUCUCCGUUGCUAGCUCUGAAGGGGAAGAAGGCGUUGGGAAAGAGCACGUGCUGAAAUACCUUCCUUUCGGGGGUGGAAGACGAGGGUGUCCCGGUUCGAACUUGGGUUACAUAUUCAUGGGAACAGCGGUCGGGACCAUGGUCCAGUGCUUUGACUGGAAAGUCAACGGAGAGAAGGUCAGAAUAGAAGAAGCCGGAGACAUGAACCUAACCAUGGCUCAUCCACUUGAGUGCACUCCUCUUUCUCGCUUCUAAUCUCCAUAUAUUUCUAGUUCAAUGAUCUGUUGUGGUAUUUGUUUGUUUGGUAAUUUGUUUCCGAUUACCGAAAAUAAUUUAUUUAUGGAGAUCCAA